GUUAUGAGCGUUCUGCUGCUGAUUGAGUACUCCCUGGAGGUGGUGAGCGGGAAAGGCUUUUGCAAAGACCUGGACAAGGAUUACUACAGGAUUGCUGAUGUUGUCACCAGUUUCCUGUUGAUCAUCAUGCUGUUCAUCAUCAGCUUCAACCUCCUCCUUGGUGUGGUGAAGAAGAGGGAACGUCUCCUGAUCCCGUUCCUUGCCCUACAAGUCAUGGACUUUAUCCUGAGCCUCCUGACAAUGUUCAGUUCCUACAUACAAGUCCCAGUGAUUGUUUCUGUGUCCUCUCUCAGCCACAUGGGACACUCGAAGAUCCCUUUCCUGGCUCUGCAGGUGCUGGAUUUCUGCCUGAGUAUCCUCACUCUCUGCAGCUCUUACAUGGAGGUCCCCACCUAUCUCAGCCUCAAGUCUCCAGACAACGGGGGCUUUUUGCCGACCUUGGAGAAGUUACCAACAGAGGAAUACGCCAAAGUGAUGGUCACCUUCACCAUUGCAUUCAUUGCUGUCCUCUUCGUGAAGGCCUAUAUGUUCAAAUGUGUCCUGAGCUGCUUUAAGUAUAUUAAAGCCAGCAAGAGAAAGGAGGCAGAAGUUGACCCACAAGCAGUUGAAAAGGCUGUGCUGCCAUCGUAUGAGGAAGCCUUAGAGUUGCCUUCCAAGGAAUCCCCACCGCCGUACAUAGCAAUCUAA